AUGAAUACAAAUGGAACCGACUCGCCGGUGGUAUCUGGAGAAACGAAAAAACCAACCGCGGAUAAGCGGGAUCUGCUCGUCUUGCUCAAACUAAUUAAAAAGUAUAACCUUAAGCAAACCGAAGAACUUUUGUGUCAAGAAGCCAACAUCAAACAAGAUGAACUAGAGGAAGUAGACGCAAAAGAAAUUACUAAUAUUUUAACCUCUGCGUUGGGCGAUAAUCCAGAGUGUAAUGGAGAACCUAAAGAAGGACCUGGAAGCGAUCCUGAGUUGUACGACUUGGCUUACGGGGACUUGUGCAAUUUCGUGGACGAGUCGUUGGACAUAUAUAAGCAUGAGCUGUUCAUGGUGCUUUACCCCAUAUUGGUCCAAAUCUACUUUAAACUCGUUUCAGGUGGCUAUGCGAAGGCUGCGCGCGCCCUUGUUGAGAAAUAUGGGCCGGACUUGGAUUACUUCUAUAGAGAAGAUUUGCAGAAUUUGUUGCUAAUAACAAAGAAAAGUGAAAUGGAAAACAAUGAUUGGGUUAGUUCAAUGGAUUCGGAUAAAUUCAUCAUACGUAUGUCAAGGGAUGCGCACUCUCUGUUUAAAAGACACAUACAAGAUAGGAAGCAGGAGUUGAUCGCAGAUAUUGUCAUGAAAUAUAUAAGUUUUGAUACUUAUGAAGGCACGGCACGUAGCAAGUCACAAUGCAAUGCAACUAGUGGAUCUCUAAUAGGAGAAGCGAGAAGGCAGGACAAUAAGAUCCGAGUUUACUAUGGAUUGCUAAAGGAAGUGGAUUUCCAAUCCCUUACAACGCCAGCCCCAACCGCCGUGGAGGAGGAAGACGACAACGAUCCAGAUGCUCCUGAUAAACCAAAAAAGAAGAAGCCUAAAAAAGAUCCACUUUUCUCAAAGAAAUCUAAGUCGGAUCCUAAUGCUCCUUCAAUGGAUCGAAUACCUUUGCCCGAGCUGAAGGAUGCCGACAAACUAGAAAAGCUCAAAGCACUUCGCGAGGCAUCAAAGAGAGUUCCACUUGGUAAGGAUUCUUUGCCAUCAGUUUGCUUGUACACUAUUUUAAACUCUCAUAACAGCGUUACUUGUGCUGAAAUAUCAGAAGAUUCGUUCAUGAUGGCCGUUGGAUUCACUGAUUCUAGCAUAAAAGUAUGGUCACUAACCCCUUCGAAGUUAAGAGAAAUGAAACCUGCUGAGAUGUUAAAAGACAUUGAUAAGGAUGCUGAGGAUGUGUUAGUUCGGAUGAUGGAUGAUCGAACUGGGGAGUCAGCACGGACAUUCUAUGGCCAUAGCGGACCAGUAUAUAGAUGUGCUUUCGCCCCUGAAAAAAACAUGUUGCUGUCUUGUUCGGAGGACGCCACUAUUCGCUUAUGGUCGCUGCACACGUGGACAUGUAUUGUGGUCUUCAAAGGUCACCUGUUUCCAGUUUGGGAUGUACGGUUUUCUCCGCAUGGGUACUACUUCGCCUCAUGUUCUUAUGACAAAACUGUGCGACUUUGGGCUACCGAUUCCAACCAGCCACUGCGAAUAUUUACGGGACACCUGUCCGACGUUGAUUGUGUGCAAUUUCACCCUAACUCAAACUACAUAGCUAGUGGAUCAAGCGAUCGUACUGUAAGACUUUGGGACGUACUCACAGGUCAAUUGGUGCGCCUCAUGACUGGUCAUAAGGGGCCAGUAUAUGCCUUGGCAUUUUCAACAUGUGGUCGGUAUUUGGCAUCGGGUUCGUCGGACCACAACGUUUUAAUUUGGGAUUUAUCCCAUGGCCAACUUGUCACUUCACUAGUUAGACAUACAGGAUCGAUACAUACAAUAACAUUCAGUCGAGACGGAACUAUCCUUGCAGUUGGAGGUUUGGAUUGCUACCUAACAUUGUGGGAUUUUUCCAAACUUAGCGAAGAUUACAUAUCUCAGAACUCGAACGCAUCCCACAAUCUAGAAGUUGAUGAAAGCGAUCAUUACCUCCUUAGAGCAUUCCCAACAAAAUCAACCCCGUUCACAACACUUCACUUUACAAGGCGAAACCUCUUAUUAGCUGUAGGAACAUUUAAAUCGUAAUCGGUAUCAUAUUAUUAU